UUGUGUGGAAGUAUGGGAAAAGCGAAUUAACCAAAGAAAAUUCUUGAGCUUUAUAUUCACAAGCGCUUUUUUUAUUAUUUUGUUCUAUAAAACCAAAGCCUCGUAUUUUCCAAGUCAAGUUCCAAUCUUUGGGCAAAGUUUGUACUUUUUUUUUUGGCUACAUUUAGCUAUGCAAACAGAAGCGAGAGUUGGGGUCGUAAAUCCAGGCCAUGGGGGAGGAGGCGGAAAAAGUGGGGUGGAGACGACAGCCUUGAAAUUUAAACAGCAACAGCAAGAGUUAUUGCAAGCACAAAAAACCCAGAUCGGGACUGUCUCACAGUUGCUUGCUGGUGGGGUUGCUGGUGCUUUAAGCAAGACUUGCACUGCACCUCUUGCUCGUCUCACCAUUCUCUUUCAGGUGCAAGGCAUGCACUCUGAUGCUGCAACAUUAAGAAAAGCUAGUAUAUGGCGAGAAGCGUCACGUAUUGCUGGUGAAGAAGGUUUCAGAGCCUUCUGGAAGGGGAAUCUGGUUACAAUUGCACAUCGUCUACCGUAUUCUUCUUUGAACUUUUAUGCCUAUGAGCGCUACAAAAAGUUACUAUAUACGCUUCCAGGACUGGAAAGUCAUAGUGAACAUAUGAGCACCGACCUUUGCAUACAUUUUUUAGGUGGUGGCUUGGCAGGAAUUACUGCUGCAUCUGCUACUUAUCCACUGGAUCUUGUAAGAACACGUCUUGCAGCCCAGACAAAUGUUAUAUACUACAGAGGCAUUUGGCAUGCUUUACAAACUAUAUGCAAAGAGGAGGGGGUUUUGGGCCUAUACAAGGGACUUGGAGCGACACUUUUAGGUGUUGGACCUAGCAUAGCUAUUAGCUUUUCGGUAUAUGAGAGCUUGAGAUCUUUCUGGCAGUCACAGAGGCCCCAUGAUUCCACUGUUCUGGUCAGUCUAUCUUGUGGCAGUCUUUCAGGCAUUGCAUCGUCAACAGCAGGCUGUGGUGCAGGCUCUGCAUUAAGUAUCUAAACCGAUUGAACCCUAGAACCAGAGACCCAAACCGGAGUUGUUUUUUGUCUGGCAUUUGAGAACUUUAGUAAGGAAGUCAACAAGAAAUUUACCAUUUUCUCUCAUUCGUCUACCUUUAUUUAUUCUUAUGUAAAAAUCAUUCUUGGAUUAACUUCGCUCUACAACAUUUCUUUCAACAACUUUUCUCCCCAAGGAUUGCAGUUGGUUCCAUAAUAGGUUGGCUCUACUCUCAGGUGAACUAAUACUGCUUCCUCAAGAUAUCAGUGUGAGAGGUAUCCUCCUUGAGGUAUGCUUCUCAUUUAGGCUUCCUUGCCAUUUCCUAAUGGAUCGGAGUCUUUCAGGCCUGGCUGGUGCAAUUUUCCUGGAAUUCUCCAUCAAUUUGCAUCAGAUGUGGAGUAAAUUCAGCAAUUAUUUGCCUUCCAUUCACUGAAGAUAACUUAAGCCAGAUGUUUUUACUAAAAAAAUAUUGAUUCAAAUGUGUGGACAAGGUCCACCUAAUAAUUUCUUACUUUCUAUUAAUGGAAGAUAAUUGGUGCUCCUCACUGAAGUUAAGUCACAUAAGCCCUACACCUUGCAAUUGUGGAUGAGAUUAUGCACCUUUACUUGGUUUCUGCAACAUUUGUGCUGUAGAGUUUAACUUUCAUUCACUUAGGGUUCCUUGGGUAAUAACCAGGUUUCUAGCUUUAUAGCAAAGGUGAUCUUGUUGGUCCUGUUUCAACUCUUGGGCCUUUCACUUGCUAUAAACGGUCUGUAAGGUGUGAUUGCACUAGUCAAAACCUGCAUUGUUAUCUAGAUAGAUUGCCAACAAUUGUUCUUGUCGGCUCUCCUGGUAAGACAUGAUCAGCACAGCACAAUUUCAUCUCUUCUCUUUUUUCUGAUUGAAUGUGAUAUUAUGGUUUAUUAAUCAUCCCAAUUUCUUUUAUCUUGAACUAAAAAUAUUUAUUAAAUCAAUGAAUUAUUGAGCUGCGAAGUUCAAUCUUAAAAUGUGAUGUAGGAGCUCAACCAUCAAUUGCUUUCUCCUGGACAUGACCCACCAUUGAAUUUUCACACCAUACAAACUUUUCUCAAAGAGUGCGGUAUAGUUUCGUGAACACAUUUACUUGGAUUUUAUGGAUUUGAUGUUAUAGAUUCAACAUCAUUACUUACCGAGUCUUGGUGAUGACCCUUGAGUUCAUAUUUUCUCGGUUGGCAUGAAAGUAUGUGUUGAAGGAUUCUUUCAAAUUUGUAGUUAAAUCAUAGUUUGUGGUAGCAUGCUGUUUAUUGAUAGCUUGGAUUGUUUACUUUAGCAGUUGAAACUAGUUUUCUAAGCAUUAAUCAUGAAAAUUUUGUUUCAUCAUGACCUUGAAUAUUUCUAUACAAUUAGGUUUAGUUGGUUUGUGUUUCUUAAUACAGACUAAUUUCUUUCUUUUUGUGCUUGGCGAUAUCUUCUUCCAUGAAUUAAUGUGUUGGAUAAAGCAAUGGACGGCUCUUUUCAUUUGUGUUCUGUAUAAAUGCAGCAAUAUUUCCUUUGGAUCUCAUUAGACGACGCAAACAGCUGGAGGGGGCUGGUGGACGAGCCCGAGUUUACACAACAGGGCUUUUUGGUACGUUUAAGCACAUAUUCCGGACUGAAGGCUUCCGUGGUUUAUAUAGAGGGAUA